AUGGAUAUUGCCAUCCAACACCCCUGGUUCAGACGCACACUGGGUUACCCCACCCGCCUCUUUGAUCAGUUCUUUGGAGAAGGCCUGUUCGACUAUGACCUAUUCCCCUUCACCACUUCAACUGUCAGCCCUUACUAUCGACACUCACUCUUCCGCAACUUCCUGGACUCCUCCAACUCAGGUGUCUCUGAGGUGAGGUCUGACAGAGAAAAAUUUACAGUUUACCUGGAUGUGAAACAUUUCUCUCCUGAUGAGCUAAGUGUCAAGGUGACAGAUGACUAUGUGGAGAUCCAGGGCAAGCAUGGAGAAAGACAGGAUGAUCAUGGCUACAUCUCCCGUGAGUUUCAUCGCCGCUACCGCCUGCCUUCCAAUGUGGACCAGUCUGCCAUCACCUGCACACUGUCUGCUGAUGGCCUGCUCACUCUUUGUGGACCUAAGACAAGUGGCAUAGAUGCUGGUCGUGGAGAUCGUACCAUCCCUGUUACCCGUGAGGACAAGAGCAACUCAGGCUCUUCCUCCUAG